CAGAUGACUCACUUUAUCUGCACAGCACGGCCACGGACAGAUAUUGGGCUACACACAGAAUUCUCCCAAAUUCCGGACUGCUGGCUGCCCAAAUAAGUGUAUUUUAUUGACUGUUAUGUAGAAGCCACAUGUUAAUGCAAGCUAGAAGUAUAUCAUCUUCUCUGCAUCUGGCUCAGAAAAUUCCUACCCUUCCAUGGAAACUGGGGCGCCUCAAUCAUGUCGCCAUAGCAGUCCCUGACUUGAAAAAAGCAUGUUCCUUAUAUCAAGAUGUAUUAGGGGCCAAAGUAAGCGAGACUGUCCCGCUUCCUGAGCAUGGAGUGUACACGGUUUUUGUGGAGCUAGGGAACACAAAGCUGGAACUUUUGCACCCUCUUGGACAAAAAAGUCCUAUCUCUGGCUUUCUGCAGAAAAACAAAGAUGGAGGAAUGCAUCAUAUUUGUAUUGAGGUUGAUAACAUCAAAGAGGCAAUAGCUGACCUAAAGAAGAAAAAAAUUAGGAUCCUAAGUGAAGAACCCAAAAUUGGUGCCCAUGGAAAACUAGUUGUUUUUCUUCACCCAAAAGACUGUGAUGGGGUCCUAGUGGAGCUGGAAGAGGCAUGACUCACAAUAUUACAAAAUCAUGAUUAAAUAAAAAAUGUAACUACUGGUAUAACCCAUAUAUUUUUUGAGUUUCCACCUGCCUACUCAUUUUACUAUAUUUUAAUAAAAGGAAUGGACAAACAAA